CACAUCAUCACCUAUACCUCACCUCACACCAUCCCACCAUCACACACACACACACAAAACCUACCUACAUAAGCAAAUAACACCCACAUCACCAACCGACCCGGUGUGACACCACCAACCCUACAAAGACAAAAAAAAACAUGUCCCCCUCCACCCGCCGCCUCCUCAAAGAAUCCACGGACCUCCAAACCAACCCAUCACCCUACUUCCACGCCGCCCCGGUAUCCGACAACAACCUCUUCGACUGGCACUUCACACUGCUGGGCCCACCACCACCCUCCCCCUACGCCGGAGGCAUCUACCACGGCCGCAUCACCCUCCCACCCACAUACCCACUCCGCCCGCCCAGCUUCCGAUUCCUGACGCCCUCGGGGCGAUUCGAAGUCAACCGCGAGAUCUGUCUCAGUAUCUCAGGCCAUCAUGAGGAGACGUGGCAGCCAGCGUGGGGGAUUCGGACGGCGUUGAUUGCGUUGCGGAGUUUCAUGGAUGGGGAUGCGAAGGGCCAGGUGGGUGGGUUGGAUGUGGCGGAUGAGGUGCGGAGGAGGUAUGCGAGGGAAAGUAGGGCGUGGAGGUGUGAGGGGUGUGAGGGGAGUAAGGGGAGGGGGAAUGAGGUGGUUAUGAGGGAGUGGUGGGGGGUUUGCAAGGAGAGGGGGGUGGUGGUUGCAGCUGCGGAUGCAGGUAUAUCUGCAGGUGUGGUGGAUACGGGUGCGGGUGCAGAUAUGGACACGCCUCAGGUUCAGGUUCAGGUUCCUCAAGCAGAGGUAGUACAACCACAACCACAGCAGCCUCAACAACAGCAACUACAACAUACUCCCCCAGCAACCAGACCUGCACCACCAGUGCCUGCUGCACCAGCUGCUGCUGCUGCUGCAACAUCUCAAGACACACCCUGGCUCGACCGAGCCAUCAUCGGGGUCAUCAUCGCCCUAGUAGCCAUGAUCCUGCGACGGCUAACGCGCGACAUGGACAUGGACUGAUCCUGAUUCCUCUUUACUUCUAUCUGUGUUCCACAUGAAGCAAUGGUGUUUAUUUGGCGUUGGAUGGUAUCUAUAAGUACCCUGGGUUAUUAGGUAUAAUGGUUAUGAUUGUGUAUAUUAGAUGUUUGUGUUAGGCUUGCCACAGGCUUUAUUCUUUGCUAGGAUAAGUGGUAAUAUCAAUGUUAAGUUUGU